AUGACGACCAUAACCCGCAAAGUGAUUCCGGCAACUUCUCUAAACAAAGAGAAUUUGAGAGGAGAGCAGCCUCCGAUCACGGAGAAGGACAUUCCUAUGGAAGUAGACGAGAUCGACCCUACGUCAUCGGAAGCUACCCCGACACGCCCUUCCACUCCGGAGAUAAGGAUCCUUUCCAAGGACGACCAGAUCAAACUCCGGGUCAAAGAGCACGUAUCGCUCUGGAGGCAAUGUCAAGUAGCCACUCGAGAGGGACCUACCGCAAAACUACGAGCCUUACUGACUACCGCUCAGGAGAGUCAGAAGGCUCUUCAGAAACUCAUCGACAACGAGGAAAUCGAGAGUUAUGUGAAGGGUUGGAACCCUUGGGAAGAAAAGAAAAUACACUUCCCGGCUCCGCCAAAGAAGAAUCUAAUGAAGUUCAAGAAAGGCGAAAACGGCAAGAAGCAAAGCUCCACCUCAACAAACUUCUCCGAUCCAGUCAAGUGGAAGAAGGUUACCGAUCUCCUUCAGAUGGCAUCCGGUCUGUACCAGAAUAUGUAG